GUUGCGUAAAAUGUACUAGAAGUAUAUUAUGUUGACCAUUGAAAAGCAGUGUAUUCGUGCAAGUAAGAGCGACAUUAUUGUUUAUAAACGGGAUUUUUGUUUAUAUAUGACGUUAUUUGUGUUGCAUCAUGCACGUUUUCGCUCUAAGAUGCUGAUUAUCUGAUGUUAUCCACGUCUUUCACCAAACACUGCCAUAAUAUACAUUUACGGAUUUUAAUGAUGAAUAUAUAGUAACUACUGAGAAUAAUCUUGGGAGACAACUUGGUCUGCUGUUUUACUCAUCCAGGAAUUUGUUUUGCAGAGGAUGGAAACAUGGAACAAAUGUUUUCUUGAACAUGACUAAUUCAUUAAAAUUGGAAGACUUACGGCUCUACAUCCUAUCCGCAGCUUAAUGUUCUUUUCGUCGAUGUUGAUUCUGUCUUCAAUACGACGCACUUAUUGUUCCGCCAUUUUACUGUAUUGCCGAAGUUGCCACUAGUUCCAGCAACUAAGAAGUUUUGAGUUCUGCAGUUUCGAUUGAAGAGUUGUACAGUUUUCUGUUUUACAAAUUAAUCUGUCUAGCCUGUCUGACGGAUGUAAAUAUAGCCACCGUUUUAAUUGGAUGUACUAUUUUAUCAGAUAUGUAUAAGAACGUCUGCGAAAAUGACUGACCGCAACGGAAGCACACUCAGCAAUAAAUCAACGACAUUCAAAAUAUCCUUGUGCAUGAAAUGGUAAAAUAUAUACAGUGAUUAUUGUAUACCACUCGUAUAUCGUCUGCAAAAAAUAUCAUUUACGUCAAAAGAACAGCAGCUCCAACGGAAUAACGACAGUCAAUUCAUGUUUGUCUCCAGCAUGACUUUUUGCCAAGUUUAACACCUCAUUCGUCUGGUAAAAAGUCAUAGCUAACGGCAACAAAACCAAGAACGUAAUAAAAACGGAGUAUUUCUGGAGCGAAAAUUUUGAAGUUUUAGAGAUAAUUGUACACCGAUCAUCGCUUCUCUAAAAUGGAUGUAGAGAUAGAACCCAGUGAAGUGAGGGUUACAGAUGAACCAAGCGAGAUGGAAAGUCUGAAGAAGAAGUUUCUGAGAUUGGUUCGUGCCGGGAAUGUGGAAGGUGUGGAGACCAUGGUUCGAGACCCCUUAAACGCCAAGGUUUCCAAAGCAUUGUGGAGUUUCGGUAUGGAGGAGGCCGUCCAUCAUGAACACAUAGAUGUUUUGACAACCUUGAUUGCUUGCAAGGUGCCCAUAGAGGACGCCCUACUCCACGCCAUCGAAUCACGCAAUGUCGAGAUCGUAAUGGAGAUCAUCAACCUACCCGACGACGCGUCCAUGCACAACUAUAUAGCAGACAGCAAAGGAACCGACUUGAAAAACAGAUUCGCCGUGACCAACAACUUUCCACCUAAUACCACUCCUCUCCUGCUGGCUUCGAAAUUGGAUGACCUAAUAAUUGUUGAGUUACUCCUAGACAAUGGGGCCACUAUGCCGACUGAAGAGGAGACACUUGCGCGCGUCAAUGACGACCCGCUGGAGCAAGCCCUCGCACGUCUGCAGUGGUUCCAAUCAAUGACCAGCGACGCGUACAUCCUGUUGACCUCUGAUGACCCCAUCGAAACGGCGUUGCUGUGGGGCGAGCGACUCAAGGAACAGAUGCGACACGAGAGGCCGGUGUUCACCUCGUGUUAUGAGAUCAUACACAGCCGACUGGAAUUCCUUCUUACGCGGCUUCUCGACUGCGCAACUCGAAAGGAUGAAAUAUGGGAGGCCCUCAACGAGAGAGCGGCGUCAGACGGUACGCGAAGAAGCGUGUCGAAGAGAGGGGUACUCUCCGAUCCCAUGGGGCGCUUGAAGCGAGUAGUGCGAUUGGAAUACCAAAUGUUUCUGUCUCAUAGUUACUGUCAAGAAUACAUGCUACAAUGGUGGUACGCUGACGGCCCCAUACCUUGGAGUUCGUGCAGUCAAAUUGCCAGUAUUUUCUUGGUGCUUCUUAUUUCCAUUUUAUCGCCCAUCAUCUGUAUUUUCGACAUCGUUCUACCGGAGAAUAUACGCUGUGUCCGACGGUUCGACAAGCUAAUGGCUACCCCAUUUGUACAGCACAUCCUCCAGACGUGUUCACAAAUCCUCUUUCUUCACGCACUACUCUACAUGACUAUGGGCAUCUCCAUUACGAUAAUGGAGUGUCCCGAUUUCAUCACUUUCCGGCACGACCCCAGAGGAUUCAAUUGCGUCCGUUACACUUACACAAUUUUCCCGUUGGGGUCGCGCUUCAUCGUGGUGUUUAUAUGGGUCAUAGGAAUGACUUUGCAACAUGUGACGCUAGUCUACAUCCAAGGCUUGAAAACAUAUCUCCGAGUGUACUGGCAUAUAGUUGAUUUCGCAUCAAUAGCUCUCCACUGGUCAUACAUUGCCCUAAGCAUCAGUAUUACUGUGACGGGAGAUGCAGACAUCUUGUACAUCAACAACACAGCCAUUUCGUCAUCUCAUUCAUUUUUCCACCUGAACAAGGUAUUUCACUUCCAUUUCGACAAGUAUGAGGUGGAGAGACGGGCGUGGGACACGUUCGACCCACAACUCAUCGCCGAAAUCUGCUUUUCAGUGGCUAAUAUAUUGUCGUUUCUUCGCCUACUACAUGCGACCGUCGCGUUCCAGUUUGUCGGUCCCCUUCAAAUCUCCUUCGGCGCCAUUUUGAAGGACAUGGGUCGAUUCGCGUGUCUGCUGGUCUUCGUGCUGACCGCCUUCGGCAUGGGUUUCACCCAGCUCUACGCCACCUAUAACACGCAGGACGAUGACGAAUGCCGUAUGGAUCCCACUUCGGAUGAGUGUAUGACCCUUUCUUUUGAGACGAUUUCCAAGUCAGUGGUGGCUCUCUUCUGGGCGCUUUACGGCGAGACGAGCGUCGAUACGCUCAGGGUGUCGGACAAUCUCUGGUUAACCCAGGGCGUGGGCAUUGUCCUGUUCGGUGUCUACAUGGUACUCGUGGUCACCAUCAUGCUAAACGCCUUGAUUGCCAUGCUCAGUAAUACCUACUCACGCGUUGAGGAGAAUGCGCGUAAGGAGUGGCACUUUGCCCGGACACGGAUGAUGCUAGAGUACGAUCAGAUGACGGGAUUCCUGCCCCCACCCUUCAAUAUCAUCCCUAGGGUGGGGUGGUGGGUUCAGAAAGCAUACAAUGGACUCAGAAGAAUCACAGUGGCGAUAUGGAGAUGCAAGAACAGUGAUAUUAUUUUAUUGAAGAUGGAGAAGAGAGGUGAAAGACAUGUGAGGAGCAAUGCGCCUAGAACUCUGAAGGGACACAAAUGGAGAAAGAAAAGCGGAGGCAAGAUUUUGGCAAAUCGUCUGUUGCAGUGUAUGCAUUCAAAUCCCGAACGCAGCCAGCAACUGAACUUCUACUGACAGAAUUAAAUUACCUCAGUUACCUUUAUAGAAAAGUAUCAUACUCGAACCAGGUGAGGUAAAUGGGUACCUGGCAGGAAUUAAUUCCUUGAAAUGCUAGAGCGCUGUAAUGGCGGCUAGGCUAAAGGUGGGGGUAAUGAUACAUGCUACUAUACUAAAUACCCCCCUCUGUAUAGUAAGCACACGGUAUAUUUGUAUCAAUCAAGUAUGUUUUCAUGGACUAUAAACAACGAAUUAAGUUUUUAUGUAAAUAGCAUUAUUUUUAUUGAGAGUGAAAAUAAAUAUCAACAUGAAGACACAAAAUUAAAUAAUGCCUCCGGCACCACUUUCAGUGGGCGGAGGCAUACAAAUGGCAAAUUUACAUAAAACAUUACAUUUUGACGAAAAUCACUUCUAUAACUAACAGAACGUAUAUUAAUUCAUUGCAAAAGUUAUCAAAACUGUCAGCCUUUGACAUGAGUUGUUUGGAAUUUAUUUUGCACGGAACACCUGAAAACAUUGCAGCCUAUUAAAUACAUCGGUCACAUUGCCCGAUCGAACCUAAAACGACCGAUAACAAACAAAACAUUGGUUAUACAAGAUGAUAUAUCUGUUGUUUGGUCCAUUGUAUAGUAGACAAUAUUAUAUCUACCGUUAUGUUUAUAUUAGUAAGAUAUAGACUGAUCUGGGCCCCGUCUUACAAAGAGUUGAUAUCAAUCGUAACUUAUUUGCGAUUGAUAUCAAUCGUAACUAUGUACAUAAGAGAUAGGAGACUGCAAACUUGCGAUUGAUUGGAGGACUUACGAUUGAUUUGGAUCGAUCGUAACUCUUUGUAAGACGGGGCCCUGAUGUGUGUUUCUUAAUUGGGUUACUACAAUUUAAGCAACACAGAUAUUUGGUCUUGACACAUUGUAACGAACGUUU